AUGCAGUUAAAAUUCGCUGGAAUAGAGAGUUUAAUUCUUUGUACAAUUGCUUGUUUCCAAAUCUCAUUCACCAAACGACCACAAUGUUCAUCUUUUGCAAUGAAGUUCUUCGGAUCACUUAGCGAAGAUCGAGCAAAACUCCUCUGGGAUAUAGAAAAGGAAUCUUUGGUGUCGGUCAUGCAUGCGUGUUUCCCCCGAUGUGAGAAAGACCAGCGAUGCGUCGGAGUUGAGGUUUGCACGAUACGACCAGACUUGUUACGAUGCAGGGGAUGUUGUGAAUGGUACGUGGUUGACAAAGAUGGAGGCCUCCCUAGAAAUGCUACCGACAGCUGCAAAUAUUUGAGCUGGUUUAGCAAAGAUAGCGUGGAAUCAAGAGGAACCAGAUGGUCUGCAAACUUGACAGCAGGAACAAGCUCAACAUUCAUUAACAAUUAUGGGAGAGAAUUUCCAGCAUCCAAUGUUCUGGACGGAGUAUACGGCAGUUACUGCCUACAUGCAAAUGUGUACGCAUCUCGCAGUGAAAUAAACCCGUGGUUAGAGGUGACAUGGUCGGGGACAAUAACAAUUUGGAGAAUAAUAAUCUACAAUCGUGUAGAGUGUUGUGGUUCCCGUUUGGUCAAUUUGAAAGUCACAUACCAAAACAAAGGGAUUACCGGCAUUUGUGGAUUUUAUCCCGGUCUCUUGUCACGUGAGGGUGAUAUCAUUCUGUUCUACUGCCUACCGGAAGCGUAUGCUACUUCAGUAAAACUUCAAAUCCAAUCAAAGGCAGAACAAACAAAUAUACUCAAUUUGUGUGAGGUUGAAAUUUAUAAGAAAACAUAA